AUGCUUGUCCUCUCCUGUUUUUCCCUUGGUCCAGCCACACCACACCACCGCGGGUUAGGUGCAGCAUUGCGGCCCUGCCACCCACACGCAGUAUUCACAAGUUUAGGGCUUAGGUCGUUGGAAUUCGCGUUUGUGUUUAUCGUCGCUAGUGCAUGGAUGACGGAAUCCGCUCUUUGCGUGCCUCGCAUGUCACCCCAUCACCAUCGUGCCGCACACUACGGCGACCCGGCUUCCUCGCAUUACGCCCAUUCGUCGCAGUCUCCCGGGCAGUCGCUUCCUCAUUCUGAUUCGUCGCCUUUGUCGCACGUCAGUCGUCGUUCUCAUGUCGCCUCCCCCGCCGUUGCGCCCGUCGCGCCUCUCUUGCUGGAUUCUUCGCAGUCCUCCCAAGUUUUCGAAUCGCCUUCCGCCCCUCACGAUAGCUCAUUAGCAACCUGGCCUUAUCAAUCGCGCUCCGCAUCCGAACCGCUUCCCCCCGGGGCGCAGAUGAUUGGGGUCGAGGCGCCCCGACAUCAGAUGAUCGGCAAGCGCCGAAUGCGGGGGAGCAGCGCGCCUCGCGUGGUGAUUCUGCCGCCCAUGAAGCAAAUCAAGAUCGAGCCGGCGCGCAUCGUCAGCGUCGACGUGCCUGGCGGAAAGGCUCUUGUGGGGGAGGUGAUAUCCGGGCCGGAUGCUGCCGCCAUUGACGUGUCAGUUCCUGGUUGGUCCGCGGCUGCGCCCCAGUCGCUCAUCCACCCGUUCCCUCCGCCACCGCACGAGGCACCGCUCCCCGCGUCCACCGCAUCCCCCGCCCCUGAGCUCGCGGCGCGCACCCCCCGUUACAAGGGCGUGCGGCAGCGCAAGUGGGGCCGGUGGGUGUCGGAGAUCCGCGAACCACGGCGCCGAUCGCGCAUCUGGCUUGGUUCAUACUCGAGCGCGGAAGAAGCGGCGCGCGUGUACGACAUGGCGGCGCGGAUGCUACGAGGCGACGCGGCGGGGAGUCUCAACUUCCCCGACAGCCGCCAGGACGUGCCGCUGCCGCCCGCCAUCGCCGAGUCGCUCGUCCGCGUCUGCCAGGAGGUCGCGGAGGACGCGGCUCGCGCAAGGGGGGACGGUUGCGGAGGAGUGGGGGGAGGGGCAGGGGAAAGACCGUUCUGUGCGGAACCUUUGUCGUCCGAUUCGUCGCCAGAGGAGGAGUCGGACAGCAAUCCGACGGCCGUGCAGGCAGCAAGCAGCUGCGGCGCGGGGAGCGUGUUCUGCGCGCGCUCCGCCCCCACUACCGAGAUCUCCAACGUGAUCGUGCUCCCGGACUCGCCACCAGCAGAAACGGCGGAGAUUGAGGAUGGAGCUGAUGGCGACGCGGUAAUGCGCGGAUCGCGCAUGUCCCUCGCGGCCUGCACCGCUCGCCCGCGCAGCGUGCACGUGAGCAGCAGCGGUGGCUCCACGGACGACCCUCCUGCCGCCCCUCCUGCGCCCCGCCCUUCACCACUACCCUCCACUUCCGCGGCCAACACUACUGCUGCCACUACCGCUACACCUGACCCUCACACGGCUGCUGCUGUGGCUACACCGGGUGUGCCUGCUGGUGCAGCGAGUGUGGCUGUUGCAGUGGGUGUGCCUGCGAGCGCGUCCCCCAGUGCGCGUGCCCCCACAGCAGCAGUGCACGCGCUGGCGCAGCUGCUCUCCUCCCUUGCUGCCCUCGGCUCCGCGCUCUCGCUUCCGCCACCUGCUGCCCCGCCAAGCAACAGCAGCACUGCCCAUGCGCUUGGGGGUGACGGUCAGGCGCCAGGCAGCAGCAUUGAGACAGCAAGCGAGCAUGUUCAGGUGGCCGGGAACAACAAUCAAGUGCCCGGCAGCAGCGGGAGCCUUCUAGGCGCGGCAGCAGCGCGGGAGCAGCUGAUGCGCAUUCUACAGUCACCCCUGCUACAUUCACACCACACAAUUGCUGCUGGCGGGCAGGGCGGACAUGAGGGACAUGGGCAGCAGCAGCAGCAGCAGCAGCAGCAGCAGCAGCAGCACCAGCAGCAACCGCCUUUCCAGUUCCUGCCUCCCAGUGCUGCUGUCAGCAAUGUAGCUGCUAGUGACGUAGUUGGUGGGAACACGCAGUUGCCUCCGCCCGCUGCCGAAUGGCCCGCAUCACCCUCGCCACCACUCCAUGGCUCCACGCCUGCUGGCCUGCUCCGCGCGUCCCACCCCUCUCCCCCUCCUCACCCUCCACACAACGUGCCUGCCGCUGCUUCCCUGCCGUCAGCCUCACCUCCCCCUCCCCAGCCUCCCUUGGUUGUUCCCCCUGCGUCCCCCCAGCCCCCUUGCUCUGCGGCCCCUGCGUCCCCCCAGCUCCCUUGCACUGCGCGCCCAGCGUCCCCCAUCCCGUACAGCAGCGCCUUUGACUUCGAGCCGCUGCUGCUGCUGGCAGGCGACGAGGGGGAGGCGGGGGAGGGGCAGAGAGGGGAGGCCGCACCCGGGGAAGGCGCAAAUGCACUGGAGUACGGGCAGGAGGAGGAGGGAGGGGAAGGGGAGGAGAGGAGUGUGCAUGCGGCCAUGGCUGCUGCUGCGGCGGCUGCAGUGGAGGCGAAUGAGCAGCACGGGCAGGGAGGGGGCAUGGACCGUGCAGUGUCAGCCACAGCAGAGCAGUUCCACAUGUGGCAGCAGCAGCUGUGGGAGCUGUAG